UGCGCAUGCUCGGGAGGGGAGCGCCGGUUGAAGGCGGCUCCUAGAUCGGCCGCGGCGCUGGUUAUGGCUUCCCUUGUGGGCGGGGGUCCGGUUCGACACCGGCUGGACUGAUCGGAGCCGCCAGGGGCCUGCUUGACCGAGGGACGUAACAGACACUACGCGCGGUGUUUGAAGAUGGCCCUGUCCGCCGGCGAUCAAAGGAGCAGGGUGGCCUACCGCGCUUCCCACGGCGACCUCAACCCGUCCGCCAUGGUCUCCGGAGACAGCCUCCUCGUUGCCAGGCCGGAGGCGAUUCUUCCAGCACCCGCUCCUCCGCGGGCGGUACGGCUGAGCGUUCGGGCCGACAGCCGGCGGAGCCCGCCCCGCUUUAUAAAGGGAAGGGAAGGUGAUGGGCGGAACCGCUGCCGCCCGGCCAGAUUCUCCCCGUAUCCGACCCCCGCGGUCAAACUGGAUCUCCUGAGGAGCGUGCUGCAGCAGCGUCUGGUUGCGAUCGGAAGCGUGAUCGCAGCCCGCCUUUCGCCUUCGUAGCAAUACCCCCAGCGCCCCUCGAUCCGCUUGUAAACAAGGCCUCUCGCAAAUCCUC